UCACAUUUUCUUGCUCCCAGCAAGUACUGUGUGUCACUGUUAACCUCACUUUCAGCAAGCUGAUAGAGUCUUAUUGAAGGCUUGUGGCAAUCGUUUUCCAGUCAGUAAGGAUUAGCUUCCCCCAACAAUGACGACACAGAGACAACCGGCCAAUAGUCAUGAAUUGAAAGAAUUUGACAACGUGAAGGAAUCAAUCACUGACAUCAUUAACCAACUCCAAGACAUUGAUCCAAGCCGUCUCUCCUUUUCUCCAUUUUUGGAUCUGGACACCCAGAUUACCUUAGCACCUAUCUCAGAUAGCCCUGAAUCAUCGGUGGAAGAACUUCACUCCCUGUCUGAUGAAAAUAUUGGGCACUUAACUGAAUCUCUUACAAAAACCAAAAGACAGCAGUGCAGUGAAGUCCAACAGAAGGUGAUGAACCAUCAGACCAUGCAGAAAGGCGGGAGUUUGAAUAUGAUUAAUGUAGAGCUGGUCAAAAAUCAAACACUUCCAUGUACAGAAAUCAAGAACAAGGAAGCAGACAAUGUGUCUCUAAUCAUCACCAGGGAAACCUCAUUUCUGACCGAUGAGAAAGUAUCUUUCUCAGAGCCGUCAUCUCCCAGCGAAGCAAGAACAUUUCCUCCUCAGAAUUUCAUUGCCAAGGUGGCAGAAGAGAACUUAGGAGUGCUGGAGAAGUCACACAAGUUCACCAGCCAAGCUUCAGAGGUCCAGCCAUUGCUAGGCCCAUCGCCUGACACCGAGACCAUUGACCUGAUUUCGAGUGACUCUGAGCGCAACGCAUCAGCCGAGUCCUCACACAAGGAGGUGACGACAGCAGUCAAAGGAAGUAAGAAAUGCUGCCUGUGCUGUCAGUACUGCUCCACUUCUCACCUGAAAGCGAUAUCAUCUGUCUUUGUUGCUCUGAUUUUUAUACCUUGGAUCCUCUAUGGCCUUUAUUUGUUUGUGCCUUUCGAUCCACCGCCCUGUCCAGAUCUAACGAGUCGAAUGACAUUUACACUACGUUGCAAUGUAAUCGCAAUAGCACCAGUUUUAUUUGGUGUUGUAAUAGGCUCCCUGUCCCGGCUUUGUUCGACGGCAAUUGAUCCCUUGGACACUAAUGUUCGCGCUGUUCUUAUCCAUCAGAGAUAUGUUGGCAACUCCAUUGAACAGUUUACACUCUACUUUAUCAACAUGGCUGUCAUGGCAACUUAUCUCCACCAGGAGCACCUGAAGAUCAUUCCUAUAUUAGCAGGACUCUUUGCAGUGGCAAGAUUGAUAUAUUGGAUCACAGCUGGAUUAAGCAGUGCCUAUCGUGGAUUUGGAUUUGGGCUGACAUUUUUCCCAACCUUGGCGAUGGUAGCCUACAAUUUAUACUGCAUGUAUGAACUGGGACUCGAUCACUACUUUAUCCCAGCUGAGAAUGGAGGACCCACACGAGCUCCCGCCCCAAGACUGAGGUGGUGGGGUCUUGGAGGUUGAAUAGUAUCAGGGCAAAGAUAAAUUACACUGCAUCGUGGAAGAUUAGACUAGUGCACAAUGCAAAUGAGUGCAAGAACACUAAAAGGACCACACUGCUUAUGUGGUUUAUUGCAGUUUAAAAGCUUCAAGUAUCAGAUAGGAUGAAAUCUCGUGAUGGUUUUAACAGGAAUUCAACAUUUCUGGAGUUAUGAGUCUAACUACAAAAUUAUUGAAACUACGAUAUUGUUCUCUGUCCCACUGCCCUUGUUUAGUGUCAU